AUUCUCUUGGCUGGUGGCUGUCGAUCAAGCAAGGUUGAGUGUUUGCACGGCUGUAUAUUUGGCAUUCACAGUUUGCUGGCAAAGCACCAUACUACAUGUAGCUACAUAGUAGACUAUAUUUGAUCCUCCGUUUGUUCGAUCAUGUCAACUACUGAAAGUCAAGAUGUUUUUGCCGAUCUCUCGACAAGUGGGAAAUGCAUUUUCUUUGACUUGAAACACAGCAACAAUGCGUCGCGAAUCCGACUGUGGUUGCGGUUCCGGGGUAUCCGUGAGGAUCAAGUAGAACGACGGCUGGUACAAAUGUCGGAUUUGCAAUCUGAUGCAUACAGUGCCAUUAAUCCGGGUCGCAAGGUCCCUGCCUUGAUCACGGACACUGGCAUGUGUUUGUUCGAGGCUUCCGUGAUUAUGGGGUAUUUAGAAGAUCGCUUUGGCAAAAGCACAGAGAAAACCAACUCAAUGUUUGUCUUGGAAUCUCCCGACGAACGAGCCUUUGUGAACCUGCUCGUUCGAGUCCACGAUCUCUAUAUUGCCUCUCCCAACUGCAGUCAACCCAACUUUUCUCAUACGCAGGGCUGCAUGUAUCUGGAUCCCACACCCACUCCAUUCACCCCGGCACGGCGGACCAUGGACGCCGCUACAAGAGCCGCCAAAUUGGCAGAACUGUACAAACAAUUGUGUUGGCUAGAAGAACAGGCCAAAUUGCCCUUUCUGGCGGGCCACAAAUGCACACAUGCAGACAUCACAUGGUUCGGCACUUUUUGUUUUAUGGAAUUCAUGUUGCCCAUUUCCUUUGGUUGGUCCGACAACCUCUUUCACGAAACAAAACACUUUCCAAAACUCACACAGUGGUAUGAACAUUGUUUGACCGACAAACAGUUUCAGAUUGUUCGAGAAGAGAUUGUAGAAGAUCACCGCGAGGCUCGAGCUCGGGGAAGAUUAACGGGAGUCCAAGAAGAUGUCAAGAAUCACCCAGAGUACAAAUGGAAGUACAUGUAAUGUGAGAACGACAAUAUGCAUACUGAUUUAUCGAUGCAGCGACCCGCCCAAAGAUUGUUGGAAUUGGCUUUUAUGCGUGCUAUAAUGAAGUGAGAAAAUCUAAAUCAAUCUACAGCUCGGAUGUGGAGCCAUCAUUAAUUUGCUCAACCAGAAGUCUCAGAAUUCGGGGAGAGCCUCCUUUACACAAGUCGCUUACAGUACUAUGUAUGGCAGUGACAAGCAAUGACGAGCAGUUAAACCAUCGGACAGGGAGCUAAAAAGGUGCAAUGCCCCGCAGGAGGAGCUCUCUAGAAGCUCCACUUGUGGACUCAAGUCUGCAGAUUGGAUGGUUUUCGGUUCGCUCCCUUGACAAUAGCGGGACCCACAACUGUUCUUGGCCCCUCUCUCGGAUCUGGAAAAACGCAACUGAGAGCAUAGAUAUACUUAGAUGCCUUUUUAAUUUGGUUUUUAAGUUUCUACCUCUUGGUCCUCUCAGAGACCUACCUCUUUGCUCAAGCCUGGCCCUGGCUGGCUUCCGUAGAUAAUUUACCUACUCUAGACCCCCGUUUGUCCUCU